AUGGUAAUCUUCACCCACUUAAUAUCCCGUAUCCCCCCUCGCACCCCAACCGCAACGCAAACCCUCAUCCUAGCCCACCGCCGCGAGCUGGUUGAGCAAGCCGCCCGCCACUGCGCCGCUGCCUACCCCAACCAAACCAUCGAGUUGGAACUUGGCAAGCUCCACGCGUCCGGCCGCGCAGAUAUCACCGUCGCCAGCCUGCAGAGCAUUCUAUCCAAAGACCGCUUUAAAAAAUUCGACCCCGAGCGUAUCAAGCUCGUGCUAGUCGACGAAGCGCACCACAUCGUCGCCCCAGGAUACCUGAAAGUCUUAGAGCACUUAGGGCUGCGACACAAACAGGACGAUUCCCCCCACCUCGUCGGGGUAUCCGCCACGUUCAGCCGGUUUGACGGGUUACGGUUAGGCGCGGUCAUCGACGAGAUUGUCUACCACAAAGACUACGUCGACAUGAUCGGGGAGAAGUGGCUCAGCGACGUGGUGUUCACCACCGUGGAAUCGAAAGCCGACCUGUCGAAGGUCAAGCGCCGUGGGAAGGGCGGUAGCGGGGAGUUCGACACGGAAUCGUUAUCCCGGGCGGUUAACACCGUCGAGCUAAACGAUAUCGUCGUGCGCGCGUGGAUGGCGAAGGCUCAGAGCCAGGGUCGCAAAUCGACGCUAGUAUUCUGCGUGGACCUGAACCAUGUUGUGUCGCUCACGCAACGGUUCCGGUAUUACGGGAUUGACGCGCGGUUUGUGACAGGCGACACGCCGAAUCGGGAGCGGGCAGAGAGGCUGGAUGCGUUUAAGAACGGGGAAUUUCCCGUGCUGGUGAACUGCGGUGUUUUCACGGAGGGGACGGAUAUUCCGAAUAUUGAUUGUAUUGUGUUGGCACGUCCGACGAGGUCGAGGAAUCUGUUGAUUCAGAUGAUUGGACGAGGGAUGAGGCUGCAUGAUGGGAAGAAGAAUUGUCAUAUUAUUGACAUGGUUUCGGGGUUGGAAACGGGUAUCGUUACGACUCCGACGCUGUUUGGUUUGGAUCCGGAUGAGAUUGUUGAGGAGGCGACGGCAAGCAAGAUGUACGAGCUGCGGGACCGACGACAGGCAGAGAAGGCGCGCGAGGCCGCACUGCAAGCACAGCAGAAGGUGCCUCUCCCAUCCGGACGGUCCUACGACGUCACAUUCACUGAGUACGACUCCAUAUUCGACUUGAUCGCUGACACCUCGGGCGAGCAACACAUCCGCUCCAUCAGCCCACACAGCUGGGUGCAGGUCUCGCCACACAAAUUCAUCCUCAGCGGCCCUGGAGGGACAUACAUCCGCCUAGAAAGACUUGAAGAAGCAGAAGAGUCCUCAAAAAAGAAUCACUCCGAACCCGCCGAACCCAAGAUCGUCUACAAAGCCUAUGAAGUCCGCGCCCUUCCUCCCGGCGUAGCAAAGUCCCCCUACGCCACCCCUCGUCACAUCCUCACCGCAGAGACAUUCCCCGACGCCGUCCACGGUGCUGACAACUACGCGAGCCACCACUACCCCUACAUUGCCAUCGCCACGAAAGCGUCGUGGCGCUCGCAGCCCGCGUCACAGGCGCAGCUCGACUUCCUCAACAAGUUUCGCCCGGCUAACGACAAGCUCGGGCCCGAAGACGUGAGCAAAGGCCGGGCGACGGAUAUGAUCACCAAGAUUAGGCAUGGCGCGAAGGGGCAAUUUGCAAAGAUAGAGGCGCUCAAGAAGAAGAAGCAAAAGAAUAUGCUCGCCGAGGAGAUGUACCGCCAGAGAAGGAUGCAGGAGAUGGUGAGGGUUGGGCCACUGCCCUCGUGA